AGAGUUGUUAUCGAUGUUUUGAUAACCUUUCUAAAUUCACAUUGGAAGAAUUUUAUUUAGGAAAUAUAAUUUGUUUGUUUAAAAUAGUUUUGCGAAAAUCACGGUAAAUCUGACAGCUGUGAUACGUGUCGAAACUUACCAUGAAAACACGCUUUAAUUCUUACGAUAUCAUAUGUGGCGUAGCAGAGCUUCAAAGGCUAGUCGGCUAUCGCGUCAAUCAAAUCUAUGAUAUUGAUAACAAGACAUAUCUUUUCCGGCUUCAUGGAGGCGCAUCAUCCGAGAAGGUGACAUUGCUGCUUGAGUCUGGAACACGGUUCCACACAACUGGAUUUGAGUGGCCCAAAAAUGUAGCACCCUCUGGCUUCAGCAUGAAGCUAAGGAAACACUUGAAGAAUAAGCGACUUGAGCAAAUUAGUCAACUAGGCGGAGACAGAAUCAUUGAUUUUCAAUUUGGAACUGCAGACGCUGCCUAUCAUGUUCUAUUGGAGCUCUAUGAUCGAGGAAAUGUUAUAUUGACUGACUAUGAGCAAACCAUAUUAUACAUUCUACGACCUCACACUGAAGGAGAGAGUGUACGCUUUGCAGUGCGUGAAAAAUAUCCCAUGGACCGCGCCAAAAAGGAAAACAACGAAUUGUCAGAGGAUUCAUUGCGUAAAAUAAUUGAAAGUGCAAAGCCUAGCGAGAAUUUGAGGCGAUUACUAAUGCCAAUCUUAGACUGUGGCCCAGCUGUAAUUGAGCAUAUUCUAAUUGAACACGGCUUGGAGAAUCACGCCGUUAAUGCUUCUGUUGAUGAUGGCCAAGAUGAUGAUGGGAAAAUCCAAGAAGAAGCACCAAAGAGUCAAAAAGCGAAAAAGAAAAAUAAGUCGCGAAACCAACAAACAAACAAUGCUGCAACCAAAUCUUUUGAUAUGGAAACCGAUCUUCCUACCUUAUUGAAAGCGAUAAAGACCGCGUACGAUAUCAUUGAGAUGGGAAGGAAUAAAAGCUGUAAAGGUUAUAUAAUGCAAGUUAAAGAAGAAAAACCAACGGAUGACGAAAAUGUGGAACAUUUUUAUAGAAAUGUGGAGUUUCAUCCGUACUUGUUCGCACAGCAUAAAGGACAGCCAUUGAAAGAGUAUGAAACUUUCAUGGAGGCAGUUGAUGAGUUUUUCUCUACACAAGAAUCGCAAAAGAUUGAUAUGAAAACAUUGCAACAAGAAAGAGAAGCCUUAAAAAAACUGUCGAACGUAAAGAAGGAUCAUUCAAAGCGAUUGGAGGAACUCAAUAAAGCUCAAGAUGUUGAUAAGAGAAAAGCUGAACUAAUAACAUGCAAUCAGAGUUUAGUAGAUAAAGCCAUUUUGGCAGUUCAGUCGGCCAUUGCUAGUCAAUUGUCUUGGCCAGAUAUUCAGGAGCUGGUUAAAGAGGCCCAAGCUAAUGGAGAUAUUGUAGCUAGUUCAAUAAAACAACUUAAGUUGGAGAUAAAUCAUAUAUCGUUACUUCUUAAAGAUCCAUAUGAUUCCGAUUCAAAUGAUGAAAGUGACAAUGAUGCUGAUAAUAAAGAAAAAUCUAUGAUUAUAGACAUUGAUUUAGCUUUAUCCGCCUGGGCGAAUGCCCGACGAUACUAUGAUUUAAAACGGUCAGCGGCUCAAAAGGAACAAAAGACCAUCGACGCAUCACAAAAGGCGCUUAAAUCAGCUGAGCGUAAAACGCAGCAAACUCUCAAAGAAGUCCGCACUAUAUCAAAUAUAGCCAAGGCACGAAAGGUCUUUUGGUUCGAGAAGUUUUAUUGGUUUGUUAGUUCCGAGAAUUACUUGGUAAUUGGAGGACGAGAUGCGCAGCAGAACGAAUUGAUAGUUAAAAGGUAUAUGCGACCCAAAGAUAUAUAUGUGCAUGCUGACAUUCAAGGAGCUUCCAGUGUUAUAAUCCGUAAUUCAACGGGCGGAGAAAUUCCCCCCAAAACGUUACUAGAAGCUGGCACUAUGGCAAUUUCAUAUAGCGUUGCUUGGGAUGCAAAGGUUGUGACGAAUGCAUACUGGGUCAAUAGUGACCAAGUGAGUAAAACCGCACCGACGGGAGAAUAUCUGGGUACUGGAAGUUUUAUGAUUCGUGGAAAAAAGAACUUUUUACCAUCCUGCCAUCUGAUAAUGGGCCUCAGUUUACUCUUUAAACUAGAAGAUGGCUUUGUACAGCGUCAUCAAGGAGAGCGAAAAAUACGAAGCACUGAAGAUGACAUUGAUGAGCCCAAUGUUAAGCAAACAGAAGUGACAUAUGCGGAGAUUGAUUUAAGUGAAUUAAAUGAUGCAAACGAAGUUGUGUCAAGUGGAUUUCCAAACACCGAAGUUAAGGUUGAACAUGAUACUGGACGAAUUACGGUCAAAUCACAGUUGUCUAGUGAAAAUCAAGAAUCUGAAACUCUUGAGCACCAACAAGACAUUGUGAAAAAUGAAGAAGAAAUUGCAAUUAUUGAAGCCGGACCCUCGCGUAAAAAGACUCAGGUAUCAAAGAAACGUAGAGAUGGUAAAGGCCGCUCCGAUAAAACCGAUAUUGAAAAGGCGCAAGCAAGUUUGGCUGAAAUAGAACCAAUUAAUUCUAAUAAGCUUAAACGUGGCCAGAAGGGAAAAUUAAAGAAGAUGAAAUUAAAAUAUAAGGAUCAAGAUGAAGAAGAGCGUAAAAUACGAAUGAUGAUACUUAAAUCGUCGGGGAAAGACAAAUUAAUCGCGAAUGAGGAAAAAGAUGAUGAAAAGUCCACUACCCAGAAAAAAGUACCCAAUGUUGAUAAUAAAACUGGAGAAUCCGUGCAAAAAAAUCAAAUUGAAAUUGAUGAAAACGAUGAUACUCCCAUUGGCGUUGACGCCGACUUGCUUGAUACUCUUACAGGUCAACCGCUUGAGGAUGAUGAGUUACUAUUUGCAAUUCCAGUAGUCGCUCCUUACCAAGCAUUGCAACAAUAUAAAUUCAAGGUAAAGCUGACACCAGGCACAGGUAAACGAGGCAAGGCGGCUAAAUUGGCCGUAAACAUGUUCUCAAAGGACAAAGCCUGCAAUAGUAGAGAAAAGGAUUUACUUAAAAGUAUAAAGGAAGAAACUCUUGCAAGAAAUAUUCCUGGAAAAGUAAAAAUUUCAGCACCACAAUUACAAAAACUAAGAAAGUAAAAAUUGAAAAUUUAAUUCAAUAAUG